AUGGGCUUUCGUUUACCUAGUAUCAUCAGAAAAUCAUCAUCAUCUUCAAAAGCAGUGGACAUGCGAAAGGGAUGUUUUACAGUAUAUGUUGGAGAGGAAAUGAAGCGGUUUCUGAUCCCAAUAUCAUACUUGAACCAUAACUCAUUCCAAGAAUUGCUGAGCCAAGCUGAGGAACAAUUCGGAUAUAACCAUCCAAUGGGUGGUCUCACAAUUCCUUGCGGAGAAGAUUUGUUCUUGGAUAUCACUUCUCGCUUGAGUUGGAGAGCACCACCAUUAGAUGGAUUGGUGAUGGAAGGACCAACUGCAGAGCUUGUACUAGCAGGAAAUGCUUGCACUGAACGUUGUGCUGAUCGUGGAGGACGGGUGGGACAAUCAGAGAUAAUAUGGCCCCGCUGCUUGCAAUAA